CUUCCUGUGUGGGGCACAGAAACCCGCCUCCUCUCCCAGCCUCAGGUGUCUACUUCAGAAAAUGAAGUAAUAAACUGAGACUAUCAUCUCCGCCAUCUUAGAACAACCAUCCAGUGAAAGAAAAAUGCAGUCAAGCACCCCGUGGAGAGUCCUGGCACUCUGCCUGCUAUCAGUUGGCGCUUGGGGGCAGGAAGAUAAUGAAACACCAAACCAAUACAAAGUCUCCAUCUCAGGAACCAGGGUGGUGGUGACGUGCUUUCUGGACCCUUCAACGGAAUCAAUAAAAUGGGAAAAAAAAUAUGGAGACCUAGCUGGUGAAAAUGAUGAACAACUAAUAAUGGAGAACUUUUCAGAAUUGGAGCACAGUGGGCAUUAUGCCUGCUAUAAGAGUGGCUCAGAAAAGAACUAUUAUCUCUACCUAAAAGCUCGAGUGUGUGAGAACUGCAUGGAGGUUGAUCUGACGGCCGUGGUCAUGAUUGUCGUAGUGGACGUCUGUGUCACCCUGGGCUUGUUGGUGUCGGUUUACUACUGGAGCAAGAAUAGGAAAGCCAAGGCCAAGCCUGUGAAAAGAGGAACCGGAGCUGGGGGCAGGCCCAGGGGACCAAACAAGGAGAGGCCGCCUCCUGUUCCCAACCCAGACUACGAGCCCAUCCGGAAAGGUCAACGGGACCUGUAUUCUGGCCUGAAUCAGAGAGGAGUCUAACGGUGGUGACAGGAGGACAAUACCCAGACCUGGCCCUCCUGGGGCAUCCUGCUGUUAUUUGUUCCCUGGACAAGGCUUGGACCCCACAAAGGAAUCAUUCUUCAGCCUCGAGGUGGACUCACAUCCUCCAGCCUCGUCCCUUGCUCACCGCUUCCCAUCUUCCCAGUUGCUGUGUUGGUGGCGGCUGUCGCUGCUUGUUGUCCUCUGAAACAGCACAGCUAGUCAGGCCCUCUCGCCUGGCCCACCCUCUCGUCAGUAUAUUUAUUUCUGUCAUUCACCGCCCGAUGACUUUCUUCCCCCUACCUGGACGCUGUUUCUGCCUUCGGUUCCCUCCUUUUCCCCCAUGUAAGUUGCCCCUUAUCCCUAAUAAUCCCACACAACUUUUUAUUUUUCCAGGUUUCUCUUUUGCAGCUUUCUGUGGGGACAGAGAGGAUAAAUGUCAGCAGAGGCCUGGCCCCAUUCAUAGCUGAGCCCCUCCCUGUCUUCACUGUAGGCCACUGGAUGGUCAUUUGCCUCCCAGUAAAAGCACCAGACUCUCCUCCUCUGCUAGAGAAAAGCAAUAAAAUGCACUUGGCUGAGA